AACGGUGGCCAUGGCUUUUUGUUGAAAGGAAAAGGGAGACAUUGCCAUCUCUGAUCGAGUGCAAAAUAAAAAAGUGAGCUGCUAUUAUUGACCUUUCAAUUAAAUUCUCUGUGAAAUUCUUUUACAUUCUCUUAUUUUGGGAUUAUUGGCCAUAAAUUUGGGUAGCGAUUCUGAUUUAUAAUCGAAUUGGAAGUGUUAUUUGAAUAACAACGGAGGAACCGCUUGUGUGGUAACAUGGCCUUUGAAUUUCUGGUUAUGUUUCACUAUAUCCAUUCAUUCCAUUAUGAAGGAAUUGUUGAUAGCAAAAUUUUGGAAGGUGUUAGUUACAGAACUGAGGGCAGCAAGUUGAACAGAUGUGGCCCCUUCUUUCGUUGUCUGAUUGGAGUUCUUCCUAGUUCUGUAAUUCAGUCGAAUACUGGGCCCCAACCUUAUUCCAUGCUCUGAGAUAUUUCCGUCUCUCUCUUGGUAUUUAAAAGGCUGGCGUUUAUUGGUGGCACAGGAAAGGAACAAGAAAAACAAGAAGAAGAAGAAGAUGGGGUUAGCAUCACUUGUCAUCGAUUCAGUAUGCCCUCCGAUAAAUAUCACAAGGCCUCCGCGUAAUCACUGCCGCUUCCUCUCAACUUUCACAUCUCCCCUUCUCGGCCCCUUUUCAAAAAAGUGCAAUCAGAGUCUUCGAAAAUCUGUUAAACACUUUGCAGACCAAAAAAUAGCAUGUAGCUUACUGAAGGUCGAAGAUGAUCCAAAUGAUGAAGCAUGUGAAUUAGUCAGCGGAGUGGAGGUGUCGCUUGGGGAGUUUGAAGAUAGUAUCCAAGCUUAUCUCUUCCAGGCAGUCAAAAACAAUAAUGAAACUGGCAUAUUGCUUCUUUCAGAUAUUUUUGGCUUCGAGGAUUCUUUCACGAGAGACUUUGCAUAUCGUAUUGCUUGCAAUGGCUACAACGUCCUAGUUCCAGACUUAUUUCGUGGAAACCCAUGGUCAAGGGAUCGGCCGGAGGCUAUGUUUGAAGAGUGGAUUGCUAUACAAAGCCACGAGAGAAUCAUUAAAGACAUAUGGAGGUGGACAAAAUGGAUGGCUGAUGAAUUCAUGGCCGCGGGAAUUCCAAAAAUACUUGGCAUUGUAGGUUUCUGCUUCGGAGGCAGUCGGGUGUUAGAGGUGCUAGCACAAGACAAUGGUGCUUGUUUUGGAGCAGGAGUCUCCUUUUAUGGAACAAGGAUGCAAUCCCUGGAUGUUUCUGAUGUAAAAGUUCCUGUGUUGUUUAUUUUAGGGGACAAUGACCCACUUUGUACUGUGAGUGAUGUACAGAAUAUUGACAAGAAAAUUCAUGGAGGUUCUAAAGUAGUGAUAUUCCAAGGUAGAGGUCAUGGAUUUGCCCACAGGCCUGGAUCACCUGAAGAGGAUGCUGAUGCUGAGAAAGCCUUCAUGAUUAUGAGGGAGUGGCUAUAUGAUAACUUGGUUAUGUAAAUGAAAUGGUUCUGCUUCUAUGAGAGCAUAUUCCUAAUACUAGGGUCCUAACAUGUACAUGGAUGCUUGAGAUUGUAGUCUCACUUUUACUCACUGCAAAUAACUUUUUGAAGAGCUAGUUUAUGAAUGUGCAUAUCACCACUCAACAUAUUUCUUU